CUUGUUUUCGCCUUACUUUCAAAAUUUACCAAUUGGAACACUUGCAAUACCCACCUCGAAGACCUGCCAGAGUGUCAGAGUUCAAUUUGCUAUGUGCUCGUCAUUCUGGUAUCGGCCAAAUCUUUGACUUGCAAAAACGACACUGAUCCGAACCGAUCCCCUUGUCUUCUCCGCUAUGGUCACGCUGCUGCGCUGGAAGACCAUCCAAUGCGAACGAUCAAUCGCUUGACUGAACUUUGCACAAGCAUUUUUAAACUCAGAUCUCAGAUCGUGCCAGCACGAUAAUUAUAGUGAUAUCUCACUGCAUAGUUAUCAAAUACGUAUCUGUCUUAUCUUGGUGUACAGGCAACCAUGCACUUCCCAGGGAGGCCAUUCUUGUUUUUGAGGAUCUCUCUCUUGGAAAUUGCUUACAAUGCCUGCCUCGAAGAACGCCAAGCUUACGCUCAAGCCCGGCAAGAAGUCUGCGGAGCCCAACUAUGUCCUUGUCAUCCAUGGCGGUGCUGGUACCAUGAUGCGGGAGGAAUCAACGCCUGAGCAACGCGCCAAGUACAGGGCUGCACUCUCACGGGCAUUGAAAGCGGGCUAUGAGGUGCUCAAGAGUGGAGGAGAAGCUAUGGAUGCUGCGGUCCAGGCUGUAUCAGUCAUGGAAGACUGCCCCUUGUUUAACUCUGGGCAUGGCGCGGUCUUUAAUGUUGCAGGCAAGAAUGAGCUCGAGACUUCUUUAAUGGUCUCUAAGCCUCCUGCAUCGCACCCCGCAAUGCCCUCCUCUCGACGCGGAUCCUCGGUUACGUUAAUCACUCACACUAGAAAUCCUUCUCAUCUCGCGCGCGCGCUCUACCUCGCACCUCAGCUUGCCCCUCACCCAAUGUUGUCGGGUGCAGCAGCAGAAGCCAUAGGUGCUUCACUUGGCGUAAGUCAGGUCGAUCCAUCCUACUUCUGGACUGAGGCACGGUGGAGAGAACACAGACGUGGUCUUGGGUUGCCCGAAGAUCCUGUUGAAUACCCCAGACCUGAAAUACCCGACGACACAAAUUCAGAGACUACGGAUGUCGCCACCCUUUGUGAUGAUAAAGAAAAAGAGACGUGGGAGCCUCUUGAUCUGAUGCCAACGGGUACUGUUGGUGCGGUCGCACUCGAUAUCCGGGGCUGCAUUGCAGCAGUAACCUCCACUGGGGGACGUACGAACAAGCUUGUCGGUCGGGUUGGAGAUACUCCCGUAAUGGGAUGUGGUUUUUGGGCUGAAGAAUGGGUAAGGGACGGUGGAUUUGUGAAGCGUACCUGGGAUCGUCUAAGAGGCAAACCGAGUGUUGAAGGUGUAGGCGUCUCGGGUACUGGUGACGGAGACUACUACAUUCGUCGAGCUGCAGCUUCCAACAUUGCCCGGCGGAUGCAAUACCUCGGCGAGUCCCUGGACGAGGCGACUCAGAACGUCAUAGAUGACUUGUUCAAGGAAGGAGGAAUGGGCGGUAUUAUUGCGUUGGACAGAGAAGGAAACGUGGCUCUUCCAUUGAACUGCAGUGGCAUGUAUCGCGGCGUUAUUCGUCCUAAUGGCGUACCGCUCACGGCUAUUUUCUUCGACGAACAACUUACUGAACUCUGAGCUGUGCAAACAAAUUGCACCUCAGCUCACAUUUAUCGCCGGUUGAUAAUUGUCCCUGAUCGCAUGGCGGGACUUGGCAACACACAUCUCUCUACAGACACAUUCAUGUAGGACUAGUUGAUAAUCAGGGCACUCGGAACUAGGUAGACACUAGAAUUCACUUCGGACCUCA